CAGCGGCGCCUUCUCUGAAGUGCGCCUGGCCGAGAGCAAGGAGCGCCCCGGCGAGAUGUUCGCCGUCAAGAUCAUCGACAAGAAGGCCCUCAAGGGCAAGGAAGACUCUUUGGAAAAUGAAAUCAAGGUCCUCAGGAGACCUUCGAGGACAAGCACAAGGUGUACCUCGUCAUGGAGUUAGUCACUGGUGGCGAGCUCUUUGACCGCAUCGUCCAGAAGGGCUCAUAUACUGAAAAAGAUGCUUCUGAUCUAAUUCGACAAGUACUGGAAGCUGUAGAUUAUAUGCACCAACAAGGCGUGGUCCAUCGGGAUCUCAAGCCUGAAAACCUCUUGUACUACAGUCCAGAUGAAGAUUCUAAGAUUAUGAUAAGUGACUUUGGCCUAUCAAAAAUGGAAGAUUCUGGCAUCAUGGCAACUGCAUGUGGAACGCCAGGAUAUGUUGCCCCUGAGGUUCUUGCUCAGAAACCAUAUGGUAAAGCAGUGGAUGUAUGGAGCAUAGGUGUUAUUUCAUACAUAUUGCUCUGUGGUUACCCUCCAUUCUAUGAUGAAAAUGAUGCCAAUUUAUUUGCCCAAAUUUUGAAAGGUGAUUUUGAGUUCGAUUCUCCCUACUGGGAUGAAAUCAGUGACUCUGCAAAAGAUUUUAUUCGACAAUUAAUGUGUGUUGAUGUAGAAAAGAGGUAUACUUGUCGGCAAGCAUUGCAACACCCAUGGAUUUCUGGCAAUGCUGCUAGCAACAAGAAUAUCCAUGGAACUGUAUCAGAACAGCUCAAGAAGAACUUUGCAAAGUCACGCUGGAAGCAAGCAUACCACGCAGCCACCGUGAUACAUCAAAUGAAGCGCAUGGCUCUAAGCAGUAGCACUGGCGGUGCGGCCGUAGCUGUGGCCGGCCCCAACUCCGAAGAACCUCGACGCAGCCCGCCGCCGAGUGCACGUUCCAACCGCGCCAGCAAGCCCUAGUCUUCACUGACCAGCUGCUGACCAAGACACGCCUGGCCUGCCACCCACCUAUGUCUUCGUGUUUAUCUGACAAAGCUUUGCACACGAUUAUGCCAUGUAUGUGCUCGAAGCUGCAAUUAAUUUUCGUUAUAGGGUAUUAUCUGAGACACACUACUUAUUGUAAGCAAGGCCAAAAUGAGCAAUACUUUUUAUUACAUUUGUGGAUGUGGGAUCAGUUGAGAUGCGAGUUCAUUAGUUUUUCGCAAGUAGCUUUUGGAAUCAUUCUGAUCUAUGCAACUUAAGGAUUUCAAUCAUGUUCAAGAUGUAUCAUUUAUAUUUUGGUGCAAUGAUUGUGAUUUGUAAAUUUACAGUGUCAUGUAUCAGCCCUUGACUAGGCAUUCAGUAGCAAUUGCUCAAUUGAAUUGUUGAUAUGAUGUUCUUUGUAGAAACUGCUACCGUGAAUCACAUUACAUCUAUUUUUCUCUAAUCUCUGUUAUCUAGAAAGUUUCUGUCAUAAUAAUGUAGAAAGAGUCUUCAACUAUAAAGCUAUCAGGGCUUUAACAUAUCAGGCAACAUUAGGUGGGUGAUUGAGCUAAACUUACAUCUAUCAAUUUUCAAGUGAGUAUUGGUUUUGCAAAUAUCAUGUGGAAUGUAGCAACUAGUCCUUGGUUUGGUACACAUUCAAUCUUAAUCCACCAUUUUUGAAAGUCAGUUUUAAAUAUGUUUUAAAUCCAUCUUUUCUACCUAUGUUGUAGAAAUGAGAGAGAUGUGUCUCUUUCUUUGAAGGCCUAUGUAGAAAUCUUUUUCAUGUGUGGAAUUUUGUAAUGAGUGCUGGUGUGGUUUGCCUUUGUGGCCUGCACUAUGGGGGUACUUUGAUGACCAGGUGCUAGUAGACAUAGUCUCUUGAUAAGUUGUCAGUGGAAUGUACUCCUUGCCUUAUGUAGUUGAGAAGCCGUCUGGUUUUAAUUUUUGAUUAAUCUUAUCAUUGUAAUAUCAAAUAUUCUGGUAUCAUUCUCUUGUGAUAAUUGGUUGUGCAGUUUGAAUUACCCACAUUGUUUUCAUCUUGUUGGAAAUGUAUUGGCUUCGGCUUACAUUGAAGAGUAUGUUUCAAUAUUUAUGCUGGAAGUUGUCAAGACAAUAACUUUGACAUUUUCUAGCUGGCUCUUUCUCAGUGUGGGUGGUAAAAUAAUUCUUUGCUUGCCUGUUUUCCGAAACAGAUUGCAAGGAUUACUUACCUCUCAUUAAUCUUUUUAUCUUGUUUAGGAUAUCUGUAUAUUGGUUAGUUAACUUUUUUAAAUUUCAGUUUUUUUGUGAGCUCGCAAGAUUUCCCUUAUUGUUUUUGUUUUCUUUUUCCAUAUGGUUCUGAAAUAUUGCUCCAGUCUAUUUUGCUGUUAAAACUGAUUCCUCAUUGUUAAGAAUUUUGUGCUGUUAUCCAUGACCUACUGAUGAUUUCAGAGGAGUAGUGAUAUCUGCUGUUUUCUAUCUCUGUUACAUUUGAUUUUAGUAUGUGAUGUAGAAAUUUUCUGUUGUAUGUUAUUUUUUAAAACAGUUAUAUGCAUUCCUGUCUUUUGGAAGUUUAAAUGUUUAACCAUGGAAUUAUCUUCCUAUUUUAAGUGUCAAUAUAAUUUUUCUGUUAAAAAUGUGUAUUAUUGGUUUUAAUGUGAAUUUCUUCUUAUCGCGUCCACAGUCGUGAUGUUUAGGUGCUGCAUAGCAAUUUGUAAGAAUUAGGUGUUGCACAAUAAUAUUGUGCCAUGAUUUUAACUUCGAAUCUGUAUGCGGUUGGUAUUUCAAAAAGUCUAUAUCUGUUGUCUGUAAAGGCACAGGAGAAGAACUGUAAACUGCAUUGUGCCCUUGAGUGUGUUGAAUUUUAAUGUUGUUGGAACUGAUGCAUUUAUUGUCACACAAUUUGUGUGUUGAUCUUAUGAACAUAUUAAUAUAUAUAGAUCUAUAUAAAUACAUAUAUAAAAAUAUCUAUCUACCUACAUUAAGAUUGGAAUAUAUCAUGUGAGAAUGAUAUGAGUGGUGGUGGAGCUUUUCAAAGCUGCUGCCUUUGAACACACAUUACAGCUCUCUUCCUCUGAUCCUGCAAACAUUUCUUCUCUAAUCCUACAGUUACUUCUAAAGCUAAAACUCUACUCUUAAUCAUACUAAACUUAUGUUUUAUGAUUCCUACCAUUCCUCUUGCUUAUGUGAGGUUUGAUAAGUUAUGACCUGUAAAUGAAUGCUUGUUUGCAAAUAUGUAUGAGUGUAUGAAUUAUGGGGACAGCAUCUUGCUUGCAUGGAAUUUUGACCUUGUUUAAAAUUCAGAAAAAGAUUCCAGUACUGACAGUAGUUGACAGUUGUUCAAAUGAAACAAUCCUAAAUAUUUCUGUGGCGCUUAAAAUUGGGACAAGGUAAUGAUUUUGUAAUGACCACACUUACACUUGGUAAGCAGCAGAAAAAGACCUUUCGAAGGUAUCUUAUCUCCUUUUGCUCUGUGCUGCUUUGCCAUUUUGGAUUGCCAUAAAUCAAGCACAAAAUUGUUAUAUUUUAUGAUAUGAUAUGAUUCUAAUGUAUUACCUUUUUACAAUUUAGGCCUUCUUCAGAAAACUUUUCACAGUAGAAAGCAAUUUUUGUUCUUGUUAAUGUGUACACAUUCUCAAGCUGGAAAUCCCUUUGAUUUGGUCAACCCCAUUUGCAUAUUCUUUUAACUAAUCAGCCUUGCUUGUUUCCUGGCUAUGUAUAAGUCCAGUCAUUGAUUGUAGUACGAACAAUUCACCAUAUAUCCUUAUUCCAGAAUUUCCGUUACUACAUAUUGUGAUUUAUGCAUUUAGUAGCAUUUACUAAAAAAAAUUCUUAAGUAAGUUUAGUUGUGAACAUUCACUAUUAUCUGCGGGUCUUACUUUUAUAAACUUUAGUUAGAUAUUUCGACAGCUCUUUGGUUUGUUUCUGUGCUGAUCUUGCCACUAUAGAUUUAAAGGGGGAGCAAACAUCUAUCCUUCUUUCAUCCGCCCAUGUGCAAGAACAGCAUAAUAGUUCUCUCUUUAAUCUUGUGUACUGUAUUCUAAAUACUUGCUGCUGUGUUUUUUGUGAGCAGUGUCCCUUUUUCUUCCGUUUUAUAGCUUUAUCUAUUAUUGACAAUUAAGUGCAACGACUCUCUGUUCCUACCUUUCCAUCUUGAGUGGCAAAUGCCAUAUAAUGCUAUGUUCUGACUGCACUCUCUUCGUAAGCAUUACUGUGUUUGUUAUAUUUUUGUACGCAUAGCCAGGUAAUAAACUUAUGUGGGUAAGCUGUCUGCUGUUACUAAGCAUUGUGUUUGCACUCUCUCUUUUUUGAUUUUUCUAUUUGUGGCAUCUUUGUUUGUAAAUUUUUAUAACAAAAAUCAGAGCUCAAUAUUGUUGAAAAUUUUGAUUCAAAAUGACAUCACCAUGACCAACUGUAUUUUUUGGCUCUGUACAUUAAGUUUUUUUUUCUAUUAUUAUUUUCCUAUGAUAUAGUUCUAGAGUCGAGAGCCUUCUUUUUCAGAGCGCCCUCUAUUCUUAAAUAUAUUUCAUCCUAUAGAACAUUUUGUAAUGAAUGACAAGUGGAUAUUGGUCCUUUUUAAAUUGUGCUUUGCUAUGAUGCCAUUCUUUUUUUCCAUAACAACGAUUUACUAAACUCUGCCAACUUUUAAGUCAAUAUUGCAUGAAUACUUAAUUUCUUUUGUUGGCUGAUCAUAAGAUCUUGAGUGUUAAAGUCAUUUAGAUUGUGGGCAUGCUGCUACUUGUUUAUGAAGUCUGCUUAGUGCCAUUUGAGGUGACUGAAUUAUCAAUGCCAUUUGUUGGGUUGAUUGUUACAAUAUCUUAAUUAUCCUGGUAUGGCAAGUGCACUUUACAUUGGAUGUUGUAAAGAGCUAUUGAUUCAAUUAAAUUUUUGUUAAGUGAUUAUGUACUAACUAUAGUGUCUUAAGCCAUAUUUUCUCAAAAUGAGUUGGUUCAUUGAAAUCAGUGUACUUGAAUAAAUGCAACUUUUGUUUUGCUAAUAUGAUCAUGCAAAGCAGAGCAACGAUUUGGAAUAUUUUGGAAGUGCUUUUAAAUGUCAAAAGAGUUGUGCAUCAUAUCGAACUUUACACGCACACUAAAACAUUUUGAAUUUUAAGCUUUUGAGGUCAUUUGUUAUGGUUAAGGACGUUGAGUUCAAGUGGUCUUAUUUUUGAACAAAAUGUGUUGGACCAAAAUGUGAUAAGAUUUUGUUCCAUUUUCUUUGUCUUUUUUGUGUUUUCUUCCAUUAUUAUUUCAAGAUAAAUGUGCAAUAUGUUAAUUUAUUUGUGUAAGUAACUGGUUAAUUUUUAUUUUGCUGCACAUUAAAUAUUUCAUAUUUUCGUGCAAAAGAAAAUGAAAUGUUUCAAUAAAUGGUGAUGUUACAAAGAGA